GGCAAGAUUGUUCACUGGUGUGAGUCACUGUGAACCCCACCCACUUGAGGCAAACUUGGCCAGUUUAAGUGGUGGGAACUGUCAACCGGGCGAGGGACUGUGGCUUUUUCAGCAGCCUCGUUAGCUCUCAGUCAACGAGGAAGCCUCUGGGUGAGGAAACUGUGGCCAGACCAGCAGCGGGCCGUGCUCUCGGCCCCCUGACUGGAGGCUGUGGGGCCUGUGCACAGAGCACCUGCAGACGGAGCCGCCCGGCCACCUGCCUCUGGAGAUGCUGGGGCCAGCUCUCGCCUUCCUAGUCCUGUUCCUGCAGGGACGGCACAGCCCAGCCGCUUCCUCUUGCCCGGAACCCCUGUCUCCGGAUGGACCUGUGGUGAGACCUUCGGGCACGUCUUUCUGCUUAGGGCCCGGCCACACCCCGACAGCCGUGAGGUCUUUUGACUGGAAGGUACAGCUGCGCUCAAACCCAAGCCCUUGUGUGCUGUUCACUUGGAAGAAUGAUUCUAGGCGGCAUCAUGCGCAUCAGAAUGCCAGUGACUGCAACAAUAGGCUCAAUUUUAGCACCAAGGAGUUAAGGCUCCUGCUCAAGGCCGCUCAGCCCGACGACAGCGGCACCUACUCCUUGGAGGUCACCUUUGAGAACGGCACCGUCAGGACCCACCGCUUCCAUGUGUCCGUGUUGGACCCUGUGGGGAAGCCCGAGCUGCAGCUGCUGGAGCAGACGGCGGCCCUGGGCAGUGGACAGUGCCGAGUGACCCUGAACUGCUCGGCCUCCGGAGGUGGUGAUGUGACCUACACCUGGUACCGAGGGGGCGAGAGGAUCCCGACGCCCAGGAGCCCCUUCCGACUGGAGGAGCAGGUCGAUGUCAACGGCGGGCACAUAUACACCUGCAACGUCAGCAACCCCGUCAGCUGGGCGCACCAGAGCCUCCAGCUCGGCCAGGGCUGUGGGAGCGCCCCCCAGAAGCUCGGCCUCCUGCCCCUCUUGAUGAUCAUCUUGGUUCUCAUACUCACGCUGCUGGGCACCCUCACUAGCGUCUGUGUGUGGAGAAGGGGGAGGAAGCUGGCAGAGCCCAGCCCAGAGGCAUCGCUGACAGUUUAUGAAGAUGUCAACCACCCGCCAGGCAGGAGCGGCCAGGGGCAGAGGCCACGGCAGGACUCCGCUGGAAAAGGGAACACUGUCUACUCCGUGGUCCUGCCCCAGAUAGAAGAGCGAUUGUUUCCGCGAGCUUUGGGUUUAGCCACAUUGCAUUCUGAGAAGAGGACUUGGAGAUGCCGGGGAGACUGAGAUCCCUCCCCUGCAGCAUGGAGAUGCUUCUUUCAGAUACAGAGAAGGAAAAUGGUUGCCAAAGGAAACAUGGAGAUGUUGAGGAAAGAACGCUGGGGAGUCUGCGUUUAAAUUCUGCUGCUUCUGUGACUUGGCUAUUUAUCUUUUGGAGGCUCAUCUGUAGAAUGAGGCAAAUUAUAGUCAUUCUUAUCAGAUAGGAGUGUCCUAAAGAUUAGGGGAGAAUACAGGUGCAGGGCCAGUUUGGCUCAGUUGGUUGAGUGUUGUCCCAUACACUGAGAGGUCUGGGUUUGAUUCCUAGUCAGGGCAAAUGCCCGGGUUGUGGGCUCAAUCCCUAGUAGGGGACGUGCAGAAGGCAGCCAAUGAUGUUUCUCUCUCUCUCCCCCUCCCUUCCCCUUUCUCUAAAAUCAAACAUAUUUUCCAAAAAAGCAGCAACUGUCUUUAAGAGAGGGACUAGCAUUCAGCGGUGCGACCUGCCUCCCAGUAGGCCAGGCGCUUUCAACCAACACUUAACGCUUCUCUCUGGGCAGGGUUGAGGGUGGCGUGGAAGAGGUAGAAGAGGUAACUCCCUCCAUGGGUUGUGCUACAUCUAUCUAUGCCUCUGAAAUG